AUGAUAAAAUUAAUUAAUGUGGUAAAUAAUACCACAAACUUAAGGAGACUAAUAGACUUUUUUAUAAAUUUUUUUGCCUGUAAAAAAAGAUUUAGCUAUUAUCAGAAUUCCAUUUUUGACAAUCCAAGCAUAAUUUUUAAUCAAUGA